AGAGCGAAAGAGGGAGAGAUGAAAUGAGACUAGAGAAUCCAAGCUGACAGCUUCCCUAAUAGAGCAUGAGUAACUCGGCUAGAGAAGCAGGGAAGCGUUGGAUUGCAGCACAAUUUUCAUUUCGAUAUUUUCAGGAGCAUGUUUAGAGUUUAGCUCAUCUUUUGACGGUUUAUGAGCACCGGAGAGAAUCUCUAAAAAUGGACCACCGAAUCAACUUUGAACAUUGGAAGGAAUUAUUCUUUUUUUGUCUGAUUUUUUCCGUGUCGUCUGGAGAGGUGCGUUACGUCCUACCAGAGGAGAUGCAGCCAGGUUCUGUAAUUGGGAACAUUGCACGAGAUCUCGGUGUGGAGGCGAGGGAGCUCGGUGCUCGUCGUGCCCGUGUUGUUGCAGACGGAGCCAGUCAGCUCUGUGAACUGGACCUGUCAUCAGGCAAUCUUUUGAUCAGCCAACGGAUCGACCGAGAGGAGCUCUGCGCACAAGGAAGCGUGUGCACCAUCCAGCAUCAGCUUUUACUUGAGCAGCCCCUUCAAGCAUUCAGUCUACUUUUGGACAUUGCAGACAUAAACGACAACACUCCAGUGUUUGCCGCAGAGGAGAUCAACCUUGAUUUGGUGGAGUCCACAGUUCUCGGGAGACGUUUUCCCCUGGAGAGUGCGCAUGACCCAGACUUGGGCACGAACUCUGUCAGUGAAUACAAACUCAGCCCGAAUGAGCAUUUUGGCUUGGAAAUAAGUACCCAAAUAAAUGGAAAUGCAUAUCCAGAGCUUGUUCUUAAAAAGCCAUUAGACCGAGAAGCACAAGCUGAACACGUGCUGAAAAUCAAUGGCAUCGACAGGGGAAGUCCAGCCAGAACUGGGACUGCUUCUAUCCGUAUCCGGGUUUUGGACGCCAAUGAUAAUGUCCCCGUUUUCAGCCAGAGGGUUUAUCGAGCAUCUGUAUCCGAGAACUCUGUCACAGGGACUUUAGUAGCACAACUGAAUGCCACAGACUUGGAUGACAGCCUUUAUGGGGAGAUAACAUACUCUUUCAGUCACCUGACGGACAAGACCAGAGGAGUUGUUAACAUUGACCCUCUGAAUGGCGAAGUUCGCGUGGCAGGUGUCCUUGACUACGAGGAGGCGAGUACUCACGAGUUGGAUGUGCAAGCUAAAGAUGGAGGCGGCCAGGCCUCCCACUGCAAACUCAUCAUCGAUGUCAUUGACGUCAAUGACAACAAACCUGUGAUUGAAAUCAAGUCGGCGUCUGCGAACAUACUGGAAGACUCCAAACCCGGAACGAUGGUGGCCCUCAUCAAUAUAUAUGACAUGGACACCGGAAAUAGCGGACACGUCACGUGUUCCAUUCCUGACAAUGUCCCAUUUCAAAUUGUGUCAGAAGUGAAAAACUAUUACAUGCUAGUGACUGCUGCGGCGCUAGAUAGAGAAGUUCAAUCGGAGUAUAACAUUACCAUCACUGCGACUGACUCAGGCUCUCCCUCACUGGAGAGCAGAAAAGUUUUAUCCAUCGUGGUGACUGAUGUAAAUGACAACCCUCCAACUUUUACCCAACACGAGUAUACCGCCAACAUCUUGGAAAACCAACCUGCUGGCACGUUUGUUAUGAAAGUAAUGGCACAGGACAUGGACGAUGCAUCCAAUGCUAAAUUAAUUUACCAAAUACCAAAAGAGACAAAUCCGGAAGUUUCUUCCUUUCUUACCAUGAACAUGGAAACGGGAGAGCUUUUCACAUCGCGCCUCUUCGAUUACGAGCAGUCAGUUCACUUCCAAAUCAAGGUGGAGGCCCGAGAUGGAGGCGAUCCCCAACUCACCACCACCUGCACCGUCAAUGUUUUUAUUGUCGACCAAAAUGACAACACGCCAGUUGUUCUAUAUCCUGUGCAAGCCUUCAUUGCCGAGGACAUAGUUCCCUUCGAAGCACCAAGAGGCUAUUUAGUGACCAAGGUGGUGGCUGUAGACGCAGACUCGGGUCACAAUGCGUGGUUGUCUUACAGAAUAAUCAAAGAAACACAGCCCAAUCUGUUCAUGGUGGGCUUACACACAGGUGAAAUUAGAACCACGCGAGCCUUUAUGGAGCUUGAUGAACCGAAGCAAACAAUUGUUAUCGUGGUCAUGGAUAACGGGCCAGAAGCUCUGUCUGCCACGGCGACAGUUAGUAUCGCCGUUGGCGAGGGGUUGCCAGUUCUACAAGAACUCUUUGAGCUGGCAGACGAAUCUCAGGGCAGCGAUAACUUGAGGCUCUAUUUGAUUAUUGCGCUGUUCACCGUUUCUUUCCUCUUAAUCCUUUUAAUCAUUGGAGUUUUUUAUUUCAAGCUUUGUCGCCAUAGUUAUGUGUACCGUUCCACUGCUGCCAGUCUUCCUGUUUUCCCGACAACGUAUUAUCCACCAAGUUUUACCGAUUUUAGUCGCUGUGGGACAUUGCUGAAAGAAGAUCGCUAUGAUCCAUUUCUGACCACCGGCUCAUGGAGAGGUGACUUUCGCUUCGGUUCUAACACGGAUACUGACACGCUAAAGAAAAGGAGUGCGGCUUAUCAAAAGAACACCCUUAGGCGAAUCAGUGCAGAAAGAUCUACUCUAAAGGUUCAGGCUGGUCCCGCUCAUCCUUGUUAUGUGGUCACUUAAAAACUGUCCGCAAUGGUUGCACAUGCAGUGGUUGUAAAAAGUCUACACACCCCUGUUCAAAUGCCUGGUUUUCUUUGAUGAAAAAUAAGCUCAAGAUGAUCAUUUCAAAACUUGUCAAGGUGUAGGGAAUUACAAGAUGAAAUUGAAAUGACUGUCAGUGAUUGCACAAAACCUUCAGGCUUCUGCCAGAAAACGGAGAAGAAUGCCAGGAAAAGUGUACUUGAACAACUGAACUUUAUUUGAAGUUAAUCAGAGGCAUUUUAAAUGGUGCGCGAGUGUGUGCGGACUCCCCUUGAAUUUGAGUUUGAAUCUGAGUGGUUAAUUCUGAACACAGGUACAUCCCAAUUCAGAGGGCGUGCACACUUAUGCAACAACAAUAUCGGUGUU